UGUUAUUGACCUUCGGUUCGCUGGUUAUUCCCUUUGAAAGGGAUCGUCGUUUGCAGUAUCGGAAGUUAACCGGAGGCGGCAGAAAGUCAACCCACCGGAAUAAACAAUUACCAACAAAGAAAACUUAAAAAAAUGGCUUCGCUUUCUCUUUCACCUAACCCUGAUUGCCGAAUCAAUGCUACCAUUUUCUCCCCUCGGAUGCAGUUGCCCCGUCGUGUUGUUGUCGUUUCAGGUGUUUCUGGCAUCCAUUUGCCCGCAAAAAGUUCCUUAUCAGCGUCACUGGAGAAGAAUCGGAAAAACAAAGUAGCCGUCGUCCGGAUGUCAUCAAUGUCUCCUGCUUUGCACUCAUAUGAUGUCGUUGUAGUUGGCGCUGGAAUAAUUGGAUUGAGUAUCGCCCGACAGCUUCUAAUUGGAUCGGAGUUGUCUGUCGCCGUGGUUGACGCUGCCGUCCCUUGUUCCGGUGCUACUGGUGCAGGACAGGGCUAUAUAUGGAUGGUACAUAAGGUUCCAGGAAGUGAGAAAUGGGAGUUAGCAAUGAGAAGCCGUGAACUGUGGGAGAAGUUUGCAGAGGAUAUUAAGCAUCAGGGAAUGGAUCCUCAAGAGGUUCUUGGCUGGAGGAAGACAGGAAGCUUGUUGGUUGGUAAAACCUCGCAGGAUAUGGCAGCACUGAAAGGGAAGGUAGAUCAGCUAUCUAAAGCUGGGCUCAAGGCAGAGCUCUUAUCUAGCAUUGAUUUGAUGGAAGUAGAACCUGCACUUGUGAUUGGAGAAGAAGGUUGUGCAGCCUUUCUACCAGAUGAUUACCAACUGGAUGCUCGCCGUUCAGUUGCAUAUAUUGAAAAGGAGAACAGGAAGUAUGCAAUUGAAGGAAGAUAUGGGGAGUAUUAUAAUCAGCCGGUGACUGGUUGGUUAAGGUCUGGUGAUGGGAAGAUUGAAGCUGUUCAGACUUCGAAAAAUUUGUUGUAUAGCAAGAAGGCCAUAAUAAUUGCCACUGGAUGCUGGACAGGGUCUUUGAUGCAAGACCUAACUAGGGAUUUGGAUAUUGAAUUGCAUGUCCCUGUAAAGCCUCGAAAGGGUCACCUCCUAGUAAUAGAGAAUUUCAAUUCCUUCAAAAUGAAUCAUGGUCUAAUGGAGGUAGGCUACAUUGGUCAUCAAGAUGCAACUUUGCAACCCAGUAAUCUAGAUUCUGGAGUUGAUCAUCAUUCUGAAACUUCAUCUAUUUCAAUGACUGCCACAAUGGAUUCACUGGGAAAUCUUGUACUCGGAAGUAGCCGGCAGUUUGUUGGGUUCAGCACAGAAAUAGACAAGCACAUCAUUAAUCGGAUAUGGGAGCGCGCACGGGAGUUCUUUCCUUCUUUAAGGGAAUUGUCACUAACAGAAUUGGAGAAAAGCAGAGAAGUCAGAGUUGGACUGAGACCCUUCAUGCCUGAUGGAAAGCCUAUGAUUGGACCUGUUCCUGGAUUGUCAAAUGUAUUCCUUGCUGCAGGCCAUGAGGGAGAAGGAUUGACUUUGGCCCUUGGAACUGCUGAAAUGGUUGCUGAUAUGGUUUUGUGCAAUCCCAGCAAAGUUGACAAGGCACCCUACGCACUACACGGUCAUUGUUCUUGAUAGCAGCUAAACUGCGGUCGCAAACUUUGAAUUGUGCUGACAAGAAGACCCGAUCUUCCUUAUGGUUCACAGAAAUAAAGUAAGCUACUGCAGCCUCCAGGUAUGUUCUAAGUGACAUAGAUCACCUGCAGAAAUGUGAACCCUUAGAAUACCAUAACGACACUCUGAUUAUGGCUGUCAUGAGAUAUCUCAUUGUUCGUGUGUGAUUGCUUCUUCUGAAUUUUCAUGGGAAUUUCAGUUGUACAUGUCAACUUGUGUUAGGAUAGUUUGAUGAUUGGAAGCUAUAUCUUGUAAAAUAGUUCCGAAAGCUAAUUAAAAAUCGAGCCGCUUGUUCCAUA